UCGCGCUAUUGGUUCGCACGGCAUUAUUAAAUAAACCUCCGUACGGAGUGGCGCGCAAAGGCUCGCGCCGCGGGCACAGCACCGCAGCACGCGGCGGGCCCGCGCACCGCUCGCGGCUCGCCGCCGCCCGCCAUGGCCGACAUGCCGGACCUUUCGCACCUCACGCCCGAGGAGCGCGCAAUCAUCGAGGGCGUAAUGAUGCGUCAGCGACAAGAGGAGCAGCGCGAACACGAAAUCAUGAGGCGGAAGCAAGACGAAGUUGCAGUCUUAGAACAAACAAUACGUACGAGAAAUGAAAUGCAACGAGCAGCAGGUGUGGAAUUAGCAGCAACCUGCCACAUUUGUCUCAAGACAAAAUUCGCCGACGGUGUAGGACACUCGUGUCACUACUGUCGAGUAAGGUGCUGCGCCAGGUGUGGUGGAAAAGUCACAUUGCGUUCUAACAAGGUUAUAUGGGUGUGUAUAUUAUGCCGCAAAAAACAAGAACUCUUAUCCAAAACUGGGCAGUGGAUCCACAAAAGUGCCGGACAAGACUCCAUGCUAUGGAGAAUGGAGGCAGACAUGCGAGGCCUCCCACCACAGCCCGAUGCUUCUCUAGAUAAAAGACCAAAAUUAGAGCGAGCUCAUAGUGCAGCUGAAAAAGAAAACCAUCCGUUGCAAAGAUCAGGUAGCGCUCUGCGCAGGCAAUAUAGUCAGCAGGAGCCGCGAUGUUACGGGGAAUUGGAGGGUUUGGCUCGAACACAUCCACACUUGGUGCACCCAAGACAAAAAGCUGCAUAUGGUGUAGAGGAUGUGCCCGUACCGCCGCAAGCACAGCUGAUGCCUCAUCCGCCAUCACACCCCCCACUUCCACCUCGAUCGUCGUCUUCGGACGACGAGGUACAGGAGUGUGUUUCCGACGAAAACGAUGAAUAUCGCGAUCGAGGACAACUUGAGGCGUGUGGGUCACUUCGGCACCCGCACCUGCGCAGCGCCAGUGUAGCUGUCAACAAUUAUUACAAUUUAACUAAUCAUUCACCGGCCGCUUACGAGGCAGAGGCGCGCGGGCCAUUCGAAGCAGCGAGAGCAGCGCCCACCGGUGGCCGCAGCUUUGACUCUGUGACCAACUGUCGAUGGCGCGCUCGUGACGACGGUGAGGGCGCGUACCUGCGCCCGUACGCUCCGGACGAGGGCCCGCGCCCUGAUCGAGCUGUCUAUAAGAGUGCCUAUUUGUGGGAAGACUCCUCUGACAACAGACGAUUUACGGAGAGGAGAAAAAAAACUGUCCGUUUCGAUGGACACGAGGGUGCUGCGACAUUCCCGCGGGGCGGACGGGAUGCGUCGGCGGCGCCGCACGACUGGGCUUCCCUCCGCUGGGAGUCUGAACGCCAGACCAGUCAAGACUCCGCUACUAAAGACUCGGGCAUCGAUACCUCUAGCACCUUCACAUCUAGUGAAGACUCGAAUAGAGGCGAUUGCCCUAAGUUCCCACAGAGUUGGCAAGUGUCGGCGGACGGCACUCGGAUGUGUGGUCACAUGGUGCUGCGCAAGAGUGUAGUGGAGGGCAGUUCACAUUCCUCCGCUGCUAUUCUUGGACUGAAAGUUGUAGGAGGAAAACUAUUGCCCGAUGGUACUCGAGGCGCUAUUGUAGAGAAAGUCAAAAAGGGUUCCAUAGCUGAUUUAGAGGGACAAUUAAGAAUAGGGGAUGAAGUUUUGCAGUGGAAUGGAGUAGCUCUACAGGGCCGGGGCGCGGAAGAAGUGGCAGCAGUCGUCGCUGACAGUAAACAUGAUUCUCACGUUGAGUUGGUGGUGUCCCGACCGUUGGCUGCUACGAGGACACCUGCACAGCCUUGGCGGACUCAUAAAGGUCGAUUUGGUUGUGCAGAAGUAUACACAGAGGUUAUGGGCGGUUGUGAAAAACCUAGUGUCCUGGUAACUUCACCGGGCUCCCCCGAUGUCCAUGCUCGCCGCCGACCUGCUAGACAUAACCACCAUAACGCUAACGUUGCCGGCCGAAUACAGCUGAAAAUAUACUUCGACAUCAGCGCUCUCCAACUAUUAGUAACUGUGGUAUCCGCAAGUGGCCUAAGUCCUCGAACUGACGGAUCCACUAGAUGUCCAUACGCGAAGAUUUUUCUUUUGCCCGAUAAAAGUGAAAAAAGUAAACGUAGAACCAAAACAUUGGCGAACACUUUAGAACCACGAUGGAACCAGACUUUUGUUUACUGUGGUAUACGAAUUACUGACAUUAAGAAGAGAACAUUAGAGGUGACAGUAUGGGAUUUAAACCGUUACGGCCCAAAUGAUUUUCUCGGUGAAGUCUUACUGGAUCUCGACAAUGUAGUGAUGAAUCAUGAACCUAAUUGGUACACUCUGAGACCUCAUGAGGAAACUGCCAGUUUUAGUAGGUAUCGUGAGGAGGAGGCAGAUGGUGAACACCUGUCGCCUCCAUCGACAUCAACGUCUCGUCUCUCAGACUCUGAUACGCCCAGCGAGUGUGACUUGCGUCGUCAUCACUCGCUGUCAAGCCUCGCGUCCAGCUCUAGUCCACCGCCUCCACACGAGCGAAUGGAUAUGGACAGCACGCGUAGUAGUAGACGCGAUAUGUCGCCUGCGGGAAGAAUACGUGCUGCCGGGAUGACUAGAGAACGAAGCGGAGGAUAUAGCGUAGCAAGGUCACAGUCGGCUGCAGGGGUGGCUCGACCGCAGCGCGCGCGCAGCAAGUCGCCGCGCCGGUCGUUGUCGCCGCCCGCCGAUCGCAACGGCUGGCGCUAUACAGUAGGUGACGAACGAAGUGCCGGCGACACAUCGCGACUGCCGACACAUGCCUACGCCCCGCGGUUUCAGUCGCGAUCCGCUACUGCUACGCCAACAACUAGCCCAAAGAAACGACAACUACCACAAAUACCUCACCAGAAUGCCCAGAGAGCAGUACGGGCGCAAGUCUCCGCAGACCUCGAGGAACGUAAGUGGAUCGCCCCGCAUCACAUUGGCGCCACACUUACCUACCGCAGCACGCCACAAGGUUGGGAGCGACAUUACGCUGGCUUAUCAGAUUCCGAGUUGGCGGCACGCGGAGGCGGCGGAUGGGCGCCACGCCGGAGAUUGUCACCCGAUGCAACUGCUGCUGACUCGGACUUGGAGUCGGUAGCGUCCGUCACCUCUAGCGCAUUCAGCACACAAUCAGAACGACCCAGACCUACACGAAUGCUCAGCUGGAAGCGAAGUCUUCCCCCAAAUAGUACAUCUUCAUCAUGUGAUAGCGCUACCCCUGUUCCUAACUUACACAGACGACACAAUGUAACACAAUGUCGUAUAUUGCCAUAUGUCUUCAUAACGGCGGGUGCGGAACGCGCAGUGCGUCGAAGAAUUCGUAAUCGUUUCAAUUCUAGUGUAAAUUCCAUACAAUCGACGCACCGUGUACGUCCAACCCGGCGCCUUAGACGCUUACUAGCUCGCAGCCGCUCAGCCGGUUCAUGUAAUAGAGAACGCUCUCAUUGUCAUGCUUAUGAACGCAGUCACAGUUGCCCUGAAUAUUCUGUCCACAUUAAUACUUACAAAAUAACAGAAAACAGAAAAGAUUAUGUAUGUCAAAUUGCAUCAUCACGUAUGAAAAAUAUAAAUGAAAGUACAAUAUAUCAAUCGUCUGCAAGUCAACAACAGAAUUUUUUCCCGAUUAACUCAUAUACAUCUUUUGAAAACAAAACACAGAGUCAAAAAAGUAAAAUUCAAAUCCGACCAGAAUAUCCAUCGUGGUAUUUUGAAAUUCCGUCCUAUAUGAACUAUGAUUAUGAUACACAAAAAACAACCAUGAGACAUAGAAAACUCCCGGAUAUUAAUAAUUUUCAAAGUAAUAAUUUAAAAUUACUUUCUACUAUACGAACUGUAAGUGCAGUAGAAAAUAAAUUAGAGAAUAAUGUUCAUAAUGUAAACACAACUAAAGACAUAAAAUGUAAAGAACUGUUAAAUCAAUAUCAUGGCUAUGAUAGUGAAGGUAGUGAUGCCGAAACCACGAUUCACGUUAGUAUAGAAAAGCAAAAUAGCUCAGAUAAAAACGAUAUCCAAAUUGAGAACAACAAUCAACCAAAGAUAAAUGAAACUAUUUCAAAAAUAUCAUACAAUAACGAUAGAAAAAAACUCCUAUCUCUUAAUUUAAAAAUGAGUUACGAUUGUAAUCUUUCCGAAAAUAAAUCACCUUUAAAUUCUCUUCACGAGCAUAUCCAAAAAGAUAGCAAUGAAUCUAAAAACAGUAACGAUUUCAAACUGAAUAUAAAAGAAAAAACAAAGCUAACGAAAACGUUAUUAUUACAAAGGCGACAUUCAGAUUCUUUAGUUUUAUUAAGUCGGUCCCCUGACUCGCAGACGUCUCCGAUUGACAUUAAAAAUAUCUUCAAAAAAAUGAGCAUAACUGCAAAACCUGAUAUAGAUUUCUUAGCCAUUUUACCAAAUGCUUCAACUAAACUAGCAAAAGAUAUAGAAACAAAGGUAGUUAGUAUAAAUGAAAUUCCAACAUUCCAGGAAUAUCGUUCACCAUGCACUUUGUCUCCGCAAUCUAGUUUAGAUUUCUCAUUAAAGCAACCUCUGCCCUCCAUAAUUAAAAAAGCUCGUCCACGAUCAUAUUCUUUAUCAUCUACUAGUCAUUUAAAUAGAGAACUAUGUACAAUGGCUAAUUCUAUGUUUAUUACUCUCUCUCCCUCGAACCUCGGCUCGCCCCGUCGUGUGCUCACUCCUGUUGCUUCACAUCUGCCACCCGAAAAUACAUGUCACAACCCUCGCACUACAACGUUGGAAUCAUUGCCAUACGGUCAAUCCAUUGACCAUACUGUAAUGGAAACUGCGGAAAUGUCGGCCCUACGAAACUGCGAACCACGUAACCCUGAACAACGAAAUAAAAAACCGUCCGGGAAAACAAUGGGCAAUAAACGACGCGAAAACAUUACACAACGACGGGAAUCCAAAUUUAGUAAUGACUACGGAGGACGCGAGAAUGGUCGUGGUAAUAACCAGCAUCAACCAUUAGAGCGCCGCGAAUCUCGACGAGGACAAUUCACGCGAAGCCUCAGCAACGCUGAUGUACCGCCUGAUGAAAAAGCAGACGGCAGCCUCAGUGACACUGCUCUCGGCGGUGCCAGUGAAAUGGAGCCAUCUGCGGACGACGUGCUACUAAAAGCAGAGCCACGGGAUUAUUUCGGAUCCGGUAUGGGAAAGAAGAGUAACUCCACCUCGCAGCUAUCAGCUACAGCCCGCGCAGGCGCGUGCCGCGCAGAGGGCGGCGGCGCGGCGCGGCGCAAGCGCUCCGGGCCCGCGACCACGACGUUCCAGCGCUCGCACGAGGUGUGCGCCAAGGCCACCAGCCUCGUCUCCAUAUGUAGCUCGGAGGCAUCCGCGUGGUCGCCGGGUAUGCGUGCCUCGGGGUCGGACGGCGGGGGUCUGUCAGAUUUCAUCGAUGGCCUGGGUCCGGGCCAACUUGUUGGGAGACAGUUGCUCGGCGCACCCACUUUGGGUGACGUCCAACUCUCCAUGUGCUACCAAAAGGGAUUCCUUGAGGUGGAGGUGAUACGAGCGCGAGGUCUCCAAGCGCGACAAGGGUGCCGCGCUCUACCGGCCCCUUACGUGAAGGUGUACCUUGUGAGUGGCAAGCGUUGCGUCGCCAAGGCCAAAACGACCACAGCCCGACGCACACUUGACCCGCUCUAUCAGCAAACGCUUACCUUCAGGGAAAACUUUAAAGGAUGUGUUUUACAAGUAACAGUGUGGGGCGACUAUGGGCGCAUAGAAGGCAAGAAAGUCUUCAUGGGUGUAGCCCAAAUAAUGCUCGAUGACCUCAACCUCUCUAACAUUGUCAUUGGAUGGUACAAGCUGUUCGGAACUACUUCUUUGUAACCGAGAAUCAGCACUGUCCAUGGAUUGUUUGGAGAAAUUAUAUCAUCACAAUAAAUAUUAAAACUUGUCCAAAUAAUAAAUUUAGUGAUACUGCUUUAAUAUCAUGAUAAAACGCAAAAUAUCUUGAAUAUAGGAAAUUUUUCUAUAAAACGAAAGGUAUAAUAAUUUGUAUUUUUAUUUUCUUUUGGAAUGCCUACCGGAGUUUUGAAUAGAUAGCAUUUUAUAGCAAUGAAACAAAUGUAUAGUGUACUCAAUAAUAUGUAAUUAAGUAUUAAAAGCCAAAUGCGAUUCGA